GAGAAAAUAAAGAGAGAAACCAGUCAGGUUUUACCGUUGAAAAGAUCGCCUUCCUCUCUCCAUCUCCUUCCUUCUUCAACAUUCUCACUCUCUCUCUCUCUCUCUAUCUCGAUCGAUUUCUGUGCCACCGAAAUGGCCACCGGUCUCCUUCCCUACAGACCCCUCGCCGUCAAGGCCACGGCCCCCUCCGCCGAGCGAAAGCCGGGCACCGGUUGCCGGCGAAGCGUCUCGUCGUCGUCCUCCUCCUCCUCCGACAGCUGGUGGGCCCCGAUCUUCGGCUUCUCGUCCGAGCCGGGCUACGUAGACUCCGUCGACAACAAGGUCGCCUACCCCAGGAAGGGCGACUUGGAGUGCUCGAGCCUGUCCGCGGCCCCCGACGCCGGCGCCAAGCCCGCGAGAUGCCGACCCGACCCGAUCCGGUUCACGGAGGAGAAGGCGCGGCUCCUCAGGCUCAUGACCUCCGACGCGGCGUCCCUCCACGACACGAUGUAUCACUCUGCGAUCGCGUCCCGGCUGGCUUCGGACUUCGGGAACCCGACCGAUCCGUGAUCCGGCCGGACCGGACCGUGUUCAUAUCCGUGUGAUUGUCGUUGUAUGGCAUCUUAGGACACACUUCCAAUUUCUUUAUUUCUUUUAUUCUCGAAUUGGUUUAAGGUUUGGUGGUCCAGUGUUGUCCUGAGUCAUAUAUUCCGACUUAAUGGGGACGGUGAAAAUCAUGUGAAAUGGGUGGAUUAACCUUUGUAAUCACCGAUUAGUCAAUUAAAAAUUUGGGGAAAUGUAUAUAAUUGACGUUUAGUGAAGUUAUAAAUAUUUGACCA